AUGGACUCGGAAUCAGAGGACAAGGCGCUGGAAGAGGGACUCAAAAGGCUGGUGGCUACAGAUGUCUUUACGCGCACCAAGAGUGUGGAGGAGUGUAUGAUGGACAGGAUAGCAGAGCUGAAGGGCUCGCUCUUUCAGCGCCUGAGCUCAGUCUCCUCUACGAUCUCAUCAACCGCCAGCACACUGGAGAAUGCAAAGAAGUUCUUCAUCCAGUAUUUCUCUGGCGUUUCCAGCGCAGAGCGGCCUCAGCUGUCCAACAAGAUCCAGGCUGCUUUCAAGAAGUUCGACGCCAACGGCAGCGACCAGCUCGACAUACAUGAGCUGGGAAACGCGUUUGCUGCCAUGGGGCUCCGAAUGACGAUACCAGAGCUGGAGGCCUUGCUUGCGGAGUUCGAUCUGAACAAUGAUGGUUUCAUAGACUCGGAUGAGUUCGAGCAUCUGAUCAGGAUGAAGCUCAACGUCUUCUGCCUGCAAGGAUGCAAAGCUUGUCAGCACGGGAAGAGCAAUCAACCACUCAACGGAUACAGCAAUGAAGAAGACGUCCAAGAGUCGAGCCAGCAUGCAGACAGUGCGAGCGAAAAGGAGGAGAGGGCAAGACAAGUCGCCAGGGAUGAGGGGAAGAAGAGAGCGCUGCCUCCCGCCCUUCACGAGCAGAUCAGCAUCAUGGCGUCUGACUACCAUGGCACAGCGAACCUGCGGAGGAAUGACGUGAGUCCCAAGAGGCUGUUCACCGGCACCAUGAGGAAGGUUCGCUCGGAGCCCGUCGUCUACAAGCCCGCGUACCUCGUCCGCUACUCCAGCCCAUCGCAUGAGGAGCCGACGAGGAGUCCCAACUUCCUCACUGUGCGCAGGUUCUAUCACCCGCAGGUCUCUUCGAAGAAGCAGGUGCACCUCUCCCUUCCCUCUGCUCCCAUCGAGAUGGAGGUCGACCCCAAGCUCGAGCUCCGCCUCUCCCGCCGCCUCCCUCAGAGCGUUCACGUCGCCCGCGUCUCCCCCGGGGAGAGUCUCAAGGCCAGGCACAAGGCGUCCAGCGAGAUUCUCUUCCCCGUCCUCAAGACCUCCCUCCCUGGCUGGCUGACCUCGAGGGAAACGGACAAGGACCGUCAGCCACCUCGGACUGGAUACCUGACGGCGAGGACUGUGCAGACGCCGCGUCGCUACUACAGAUGA